CCGAGCAAGGCUUUUUUCUUUUUCCUCUGAUUGAUGGUAUUCAGCAAGUUAAGAGCAACCAAUAUGAGAAGAAAGAGACCAAGGAUUCUCAAAGUGUUGGUUGUAGCGGAAACAAGUUUAACUAUGUUGGUCAGGGUGGCGUCAACAGGUUUAAAUCAGAUGAGACGAGUAAUGUCAAAGAUCAUUUAGCUGGUUCAUCUACUACAGCCAGUUUUCUUAGUCCCGGUCCUUCAUUAAACAGUGAUGUAUCAAAUGCUGAAAUUAAGAGAGUGCCAACAAGCUCAGGGGAAGCAGUUCCCUGGUUAAAAUCUGCUUGGGGAUUUGGUACAUCUGGCCGUAGAACAAUGGCUCAUGUUGUGAAGAUGGGCACAGCUUUAUCAAUGGAGAGAGAGAGUAAAGCUCCUGUCAAGGAUGAUUGUCACUUACCUGAGAGGCCAGAUGAGUCUGCUGCUAGUAGAGAUGAGUCUGCUUCGGUAUCCAACCAAAACUUGCAUGACAAUAUUUCUUAUUUCUCUAACUCACAUUUUGAGUCUGAUGCUAGAAGAAAUCAACUUCGAGGGUCUGCCGCAUUGGUAUCCAACCAAAACUUUCGGGAUAAAAGUGUUACUCAUCCAUUAUCUACCUCAUAUGAUGCUAAAAGAGGACAGUUUCUCAAGUUUACUCCAGAAUUUAUCCUAAACAUCCACACUGAGAAUGAUAAGCCAAAAACAUCGAUUAAAAAGUCACAACAUGUGCAAUUUGGUAGUUUUGGUUCUGGGAUGAAUGGAUCUGCCCAGGCGCUAUCUAUCAGUGAACCACAGAUGAAUCAAAAAGCCAUGGACCACCAUUACUCUCAGCCUAUGGUGCAUUCAGUUCAGAAACAUGGUGGUCGUAACAACAACAACAGCAAGAACAAGAGCAGCCUUUUACAAGGACUGGCUAUGAAAAUGAAAGAAGUCGUUACUAUGCAUCUCCGGACAAAGGAAACAAAUAGAAGAGAGAGACCCAUCUAACCAAAACCAACAACAGCCGCGGCGAAGAAACAACUACCCCUUUUUUAGUAUUAGCUACUCUUUUUGUGCCUUAGCCUUAGAAAUAUAGUCUUUUUUACUUUGGCUUUGGGUUUGAUGUUUCACAUAGACGGUAGUAAACUAUAAUCGAAUUGUGUAUGUAACCAAAAUCACUUUGUCCUGAUGGUUUUGUUAUUCAUAUAUAUUGUGGAUUCACUCAUGUUUAACGA